AUGCAUCCUUGUCAUAAUUCCUCGUCUAUGUUAUCUCCACCUACUGUCACUACUUUUCAUUCAUCCCAGUCAUUAAGUUCAUCUCAAUCAGCAUAUCAUCAGUCCUCAACACAUGAUGUGUCCAAGCCAAAUUCAAAUGAGCACUACAACUUGGCUCAUAGUCGACAUCAUCUUUAUCAAAAUGUGAUUCUUCCUAGCCCAUCUAUACAACGUUUUCCUAAUUCAUCAAGCAAUCACUUUACUCACUUUUCGCAAUCCCAUAUCCGAACAACUACUUCAUAUCCGUCUUAUGACUGUUAUCGGAACAAUUCUACACAUUUUCAACCGAAUAGUAGUAGCGGUUUGCCUAUUAUGGGCUAUCCAAUUGAACUCAAUUCUACAAAAAAUUAUGUUGUAUAUGAGACUAAAAAUGGUCCAACUCAAUCAAUAAUGAAUAAUACUGAUGAAACAUUACAAUACACUAAUCCUUCUGUAAUAAUGAAUAUUCAAUCACAAAUUCCACAUUCCCAAUAUCGUGAAGUCAGUCGUCAACCUUCUAAGCGUUCUCGGCCACCGCCACCACCUCCACCGCCUCGUAGUGGUAGUUGGAUCGGUAAAAUAUCAGUUUCAACACCUACAAUAAAUGAUAAUACAACGAGUCGACCAUGUAUUCAGUAUGAUCAUGAACUACCAUCUUCAUGUACUCAAAUCAAAGUGAACACAUUCUCUGAUAACCCUAUUACUACUCAGUAUACGAACCAACAAUCAUAUAUUAGUCAAACGUUCCAUACUAGUCCUUAUAGCAAUACACAUUCAUCACUUCCAAAUGGUUCCAUUGGAUUAAAUUCAUACUCAAACUUUAAUAUAAAAAAUCAAUCAUCUACUGAGAUCAACUAUUCAAUUGAUAAUUCUCACACUGAUAUACCAAUCCCAAAAUGUUCUAUCCAACAAGAACAUCAACAUAGAAGACAACAACAACAACAACAACAAUCAUAUCAACAAUAUCAAAAUCAAUCUAUCACAAUAUCAUCAUCCUCUAAUAGUGAUAAUUAUCAACCAUUGACAUCGACAAUUAAUUCUUUAAUGAAUAAUACAAUAAAUCAUAAUUCCAAUGAACAACGACAACAGCAAAAUUGUCAAUAUUCAUCCAAACAAUUAUUUAUAAGUAGUAGUAAUAGUAGUGGUAGUAGUAGUAGUAGUUGUAAUAAUAAUAAUAAUAAUAAUAAUAAUAAUAAUAAUCGUCAAGAUGUAAUUAAAGCAUUACUUAACUUAUUAAUAUGGCAUCAUCCAGAAACAAAUUUUACUGAAAAUAUGAAUCCAUCAGAAAUUUAUACAUUUCAUACAUUUUUAUUAAAUUGGUUAACUAAAAUGGAUUCAAUGAAUUGUAUACAAAAUAAUUCAAUAAAGAUAAAUACAAAUAUAUAUAUAGCACAAUUUUCACGUCGUAUAUUAACACAUUUAAUAAGAAUAUUAUAUAGUGAUACAGUUUAUGAAGAAGAAAUUAUAACAGAUAAUCAAACAAUUAAAGAUACUGAAGAUACUGAAGAAUAUACAAUUAAUACAUCAAUAAAUGAAAAACAAGAUCAUAUGAAUCAUGAAGAUAAUAAUAAUAAUAAUAAUAAUAAUAAUAAUAAUAAUAAUAAUAAUAAUAAUAAUAAUAAUAAUAAUAAUAGUAAUCAUUACUUGGAAUUUCCUUCAUUAUUUAAUUCUAAUCCUAAUGAAUUCAAUACAUCAUUGGGUUAUUCAUAUGGACAGAACAAUUGGACAAAAAUCGAUGAUAACACAUUGGAGAAAACUUCCUGUUUAACAAACUAUACAAAUACAUCGAUUAACAAUGUUAACAAUAAUAGUCUUAUUAGUAAUAACAAUAAUUUCAGUAAAAUUAAUUUAACUGAUUCUAAAAUUCUACCACCGAAUACAUCUUUAAUGGAAUUGAAAGCUGCUGCUAUGGAGGCAAUUCAAAAACUUGCUCCAUUAUGUCAACCAGAUUCAAAAUUAUAUGGAAGAGAUAUGGGAAUUAUUCAGUUGUUAACUUCUAUUCAUAGUUACAGUUUAAAUUUAAGUGAACGUAUCGCACAGACGAAUAAUAAUAAUAAUAAUAUCAAUACUGGUGAUAACGUUACUACUACUACUACUACUACUACUACUACUACUACUACUACUACUACUACUACUACUACUACUAAUAAUAAUAAUAAUAAUAAUAAUAAUAAUAAUAAUAAUGCAAUGUUGAAUAUAGAGUCAUGUACUGUUUGUCCAGUUGCUGAAGUUGCUGCUUUAGUUCGUUUAUCAUUUGAUUCAAUGCAUCGAAAUGCUAUUUGUGAAUUAGGUGGAGUACACGCUUUAAUUUCUUUAUUACGCAUAGAACAAAUGAUGUGGUCAGAGUAUAUGAAUUCAUAUAAUAAUAAUAAUAAUAAUAAUAAUAAUAAUAAUAAUAAUAAUAAUAAUAAUAAUAAUAAUAAUAAUAAUACUAACAAUAAAACAUUAUUACUAUUAUCAUCACCAUUAUCAUCAUUGAUACAUAAUCAAAAUGUUGUCACAUUACUAGAGAAUAGUUUAGCAUUAAGACGAUAUAUAUGUAUGGCUUUAACAAAUUUAACUUAUGCAGCACCAGACAAUAAAGCAUUUAUUUGUAGACGUUUAGCUAAUUUGGAAGCAUUAUUAGCUCAAUUAGAAACAGGAAAUGAAGAAUUGAAACAGGUAUCAGCCAGUGUAUUACGCAAUCUCAGUUGGCGUACAGAUAGUAGAAGUAAAGCUGCACUUCGUCGUGUCUGUGCUGCUAAACGUUUAACUAUAGCUGCUAUGAGUGCACAACGAGAAAGUACUUUACGGACUACACUCAGUGCACUAUGGAAUCUUAGCGCUCAUUGUUCUCAGAACAAGCGAGCGGUAUGCAGUGUGGAUGGUGUAUUUGCAUUUCUUCUAAGAAUGUUACGUCUUCAAAACCCUCUGCAAAAUCUGGUAAUUAUUGAAAAUAGUGGUGGUAUUUUACGUAAUAUAUCCACAAUUAUCGCUUCUCAUGAUGAUUAUCGGUUUAUACUUCAUCAAAAUAAUGGUUAUCCAAUCCUAUUGGAACUAUUGCGUAAUCCACCAAGUUUAACAGUUGUAGUAAAUGUAUGCGGAACAUUAUGGAAUUUAACAUGUUCUUCCAUCAAUAAUGUAAACACUAUUCCAAUUAGUAAUGGUAACAACAGUAACUCUACUACUAAUAAUAAUAGUAUCAUCAAUAGUUAUAAUGAUCGUUUGCUUCUUUUACACUUGGGUGCAUUAGAUUUAAUACAACAGCUAACUCAAUCCAAACAUGAUUUAAUACGUACUAGUUCAUUGGCUGUCUAUCGUAAUCUAAUACAGACAGAUAAACCUGCUAAUCAGAAACAUUUGAUUCCACCAAUAUAUAAUUCAGAUCAAGUUAAUUCACAAGAAAAUCAACUCAGUGAGUCAUCAUCGACGGUAACAACUGGUAUGACCAUAAAUUCUCAUGAACAUCACAUGGUAAGUAAUGAGAAAAAUGCGUGCAGUACUACUGAUGGUCGUAGUAGUGGUGGUGAUACAUACUAUAAUGUCAAUAAUUCAGAACAGACAAGUGGAGAACAACAACAACAACCAACUUGUAAACGUCGUGUGUCAUCAAGAACAUCUAGAUUUCGUUUUGGUCUAUUAUCUGUAGUAUUUGAAGCGGAAAGUGACGAUGAACUAGACGAUGAUGUUGAUGAUGAUGAUGUAGAUGAAACUGAAGAUGAAGUAGAGGUGGAAAAUGAAGUGGAUGGUCACACUACUGAACAAAAUGACUGUAUUAAUGAAUACAAUGAACAGGUUGAAUAUGAGCCAAAUAACAACCUAUGCUUAUACUACCGAGGUGGAAUACCUAUCAAUGACCAUCCUAACUAUAGAGAUAUCACUGUGAAAACAUCAAGUAAUCGGAAUUCAGAAAGCUUAUGUGAUUCUCAAAUUCUGUUACCUGAAUCGACUAAUCAUCAACAUUUAUCAAAUUGGUACGAUGAAAUAAAUUGUCAUGGACAUCAUCAAGUUAAUCGUAGUGCUAAUACGGUCGUUGAUGCAGGUGCAGAUGAUGAACAAACAUGUGUCUAUGCUGAAGAAGGUACACCUUUUCCAUCGAAUUCAGCAACUGCAUCAUCUUUGGAGUUGAAUAGAUCUGAUGAACAGUUUUUAAUGAAUAAAGCAAAUACUAAUUUCAAUACUGUUAAUGAUGUGCAUAUAAAUCAUAAUAAUAGUAACGAUAACGAUAAAGUACAUAGUAAUGUCCCAAUAUUGAUCUAUCGAAAUGAUCCAAUUCCUCAUGUUUAUGCUAUCGAGGGUACACCAUCGAACUGCGAUAGUAGUUUAAGUCAUGAGGAUAGUAUAAAUGGUAAUGAAGUUCAAUUGAAUACAAUGGGAUUCAAUCGCCCCCAAAAAAUGAAUUUUCUAACUCAUUCCGAUAUUGUCAAUGAACAGGAGGAUAAUGCCUACCUGCCCUCACCACCAGAAGAUAUCUCGAAUCUUGUCUCUCCAUUAACAUCAAUGAAUUUAGAAGUAGAAAGUGAUCAAUGUGUAACUUGUCAUUUCCCUAUGCCACCUCCACCAGCAUCUUUUCCAGUAGUUCGUAAAGAAUCUGAACUGAUUGAUAGACAAAGUGAAUUAUUCUCUUCUAAACAAACACCAUUAGUAUUCUCACGAGGUACAUCAUCAUGUAUAUCUUCGUUAGACUUAGAAGUUCCAUUUAACGAAUAUCAGUCAUCACCGGAAAGUGAAUAUUCCAGUCAACAAAAAAGUAGUAAUAGCAGAGAGAGAAUAAGUAGUGAAUUAAUGUCAAUUAAUCGUAAUGACGAAGAUAACGGUCGUAGUAGUAGUAAUAGUAGUAGUAGUAGUAAAAGAAAUAGUCAUUUCAGAAAUAUAAAUCAUCGUCAAAAUUGUGAUGGUGAAUUAUAUGAGACAGAUAGUUGUCCUGAUGAAGAAGAUGUUCGAUUGCCUUUCGCUGAAGAAGGUACACCCCCACCUCCAAAAGAUGAUACAGAAAAUUUGAAUACUUUGUAUUUUCAUCAUUCACAUUCUUACAACCAAUCUGAUAUGAACAGUAAUUUGAACAAUGAUUGUGAAGUGAAUGAUGUUGUUGAUGAUGAUGAUGACGAGGACGAAGACAAUAAUGACAAUAAUAAUCAUUCACAAAUACUACAACAAUGUAUAGCAUCUGCAAUGCCAUCAAAUAUUCCUUUUAAUGUAUUAACAGGUCACAAAUCAUCGAAUAUAAAUUUUACUAACUCACCAUCAACAAGUAUUCUUUACAAUGAACCAGAAGAUUCUUUAAAAACAUUUGCUGUAGAAGAUACACCAUUUGGGACUUCAACGAAAACUAGUUCAUUAAAUGAUUUAAUCAUAACAGAACAUAAACCAUUAGAAGUCGAAGAAGAAGGAGAAUGUGAGGAAGGUAACGAACUAAUGGUUGAUAGUGAAUUGAAUUCUAAUUCCGCAUCAUCAUUCAAUAUACAAAUAUCUAAUCAUCACACAAUAAAGCAUGCUGCAAAGAAUUUAAUCAAACAAUGUCAUACAGAAAAUGUUGCUGUCAGUCAUGGUGAUGGUAGUUCAUCAACAUCAAGCUCUUUGAAUGGUGAUAAUUCAUCAGAUUUAUUAUCUGAAGUAAUACAAUCCGCUAUGCCAAAAUCUGGUCAAAUUAGAUUAACUAAUUUUUGUUCAGUAAUUGAUCAAUCAUCGUCAAAUGAUGAUUGUUUGCAAACGUAUGCCAUUGAAGGUACUCCAUGUGUUGUUGUUAAUGAGAACUUAUUGUCAAGUUCAUCUUCUCUUCGUCAUGAUGAAAUAGGUAUUCAUUCAGCAUUAUUACCAACAAAAACAACAACAACGGAUGCAAUAUUAAUGACUUCUAAUAUGUCUUUAACUCUUGCAUCGCCAUCAUCAUUGUCAACUGUUCCAUGUCAACAAUCGAAUACAACUCCUCCGAUUCCACCACUUCGUACAACAUCUGCAUUAACUAGUAUUGCAGAUCCAUUUACUCAAGUUUCUGGUUUAACAAGACCACGUGCAACAGUUGCACCAAUGUUACAAAGUAAAUGUCAUUCAUUAAAUUCACCUAUUGUUUCUCGUUCUCAAAAUAUAUCAGAACAAUCGUCCAAAUCGUGUUUAAAUCAGAAUGAAAAUGGACAACAGAAUAAUGAUAGUAUACAUUUACCGAAUUCAUCAAUACCAUCGUCAUCAUCAUCUCCGUUUCAGUAUACCGUUGGUGACAAAGACGACGUUAGUUCUUUUUCUUCAUUACUCAGUAUUGAAUCAGUUGGUAUGGAACAUUCGUUAUUGCAAGAAUGUAUAUCAUCAGCGAUGCCACGUCCAAAAUCAAUAUCAAUGCUUCGUAAACAGCAACAUUGUCAACAGAAAAAACAAACGUGUCAGCAGUCAUCAUCUUCAAUAUCAUCAUCAUCAUUGUCAUCGUCGUCUUCAUCGUCAUCAUCACAACAGCAACAACCAUCAAUAUCACCGGCAUUAAAUUUGGACUCAACGGAGCAUGAAUCUACAAGUCCUUUUGAAAACAAUAAUGUUAAUAACAAUAAUAAUGAUAAUGUGGAUUAUUGUAAAUCAAGUAACCAUGAAGAAGCGAUUAAUCAUUGUCAUACAUCAUUAUCAUCGUCAUCAUCAUUACCGUUAUCUAAAAUACGUCCGUAUAGAGAUUUAUCUGUUUACAAAGUACCGACAACUUUAUCAUGUAUAUCAGCAAAUCCCAGAGCUCAGUAUUCACAAGAUGGUAGUAGUAGUAGUAAUAGUAGUAGUAUUAGAAGUAAAAUUAGUAGUAGUACUAAUAAUAAUAAUAGAAACCUCUCUCUGAAAAAGUCUAAAAUACCUGGUCAUAAUUUGAAUAAUACUGCUGUUGCAAAGUCGAGUAAUAAUAAUAAUAAUAAUAAUAAUAAUAAUAAUAAUAAUAAUAAUAAUAAUAAUAAUAAUAAUAUCACUGCACAAUCUUUUAAUAAGGGCGCUGGUACAAUACAUUUUUUAGAUCAUGGCUCCGACGAUGCACAACAACAUCAACAAGAAACUUCGUAUCAGAAUGUGAAUCCAGCGAUAAUGAAUAAUGCGAUAACACUUAAACAUAAUCAUGCAUCUACUGGAGCGUCUAUCACUUCUACUACAAGCACUACUGUUGUCACUGUGAAUUGCAGUAGCAACAGUAAGAGUAAUAGUAUUAUUACUUAUAAUCAGAUAAAGCAAAUUCAAAUGACUAACAAAGUUAAUUGUGCAUCAAUCGGAGCAGAUAUCACAAAAGCUACAAAUCACAAUGAUUCAAAAUUGUCCUUAAAAUAUAGUAACAAUAGUAGUAGUAAUAAUAAUAAUAGUACUGAAGAUGUAUAUCGACAUUAUGAACCUCGUCAUAUUACAUCAACUUCCAACAAAAGUUCAUUACCAUUAAAUAAAACCAAGUCUGGUUUACGAGCACCGUCAUCGAUUGUAUCUAAAUCAUUUGUUUCAAUGAACAAUAAUAAUUAUUCAAUAAACAAACAAGUUAUUGAUAUCAUUAAUGUACUUGAUGCGAAAGAUAUCAGUGAACUACUACAAAAAGGUGCCGAAACUGUUGUUUCAGAUCUAAUGAAAUCAUGUGACAAUGAUAUCAAUGAAAAACAACAUGAUUCUAAUAAUAAAUUAGUAACUGAUAUCACUAUUCCUACUGGUAAUAAUAAUAAUAAUAACUCUCAAUCAGAUAGUAAUGCUUCCAGUUUAGAGCUUUUAUCAAAAUUCACCGACUUGGAACAGUCUAUUCCCUUCGAUAAUGAUGAUGAUAAUAAUAAUAAUAAUGAUAAUAGUAAUACAAAGGCUACUACUACUACUACUAAUAAUAAUACUACUACUACUACUACUACUACUACUAAAUCAAUGAAAUUGAAUAAUUUUUCACCAUCCCCUACAUGCGUUACUAGUCAAAUAUCAAAUCAAACAUCUUCUACAUCCAAUAUUCAAUCAGUGAAAUAUUAUGGUCCUCAUCAAUUGUCAAAUAGAAAAUUAAACAAUUCAAAAUUCACUAACCAUACUACUACUACUACUAAUACUACUACUAAUAAUAAUGUGUAUGGAUUAGAAAAAACUGUAGUGUCACCUAUUUCUAAACAAUUUUCUUCCAAUAAAUUAACCACUAUUAUGAAUAAUCAGGUUGUUAAUGGUAACAAGAAAAACAAUCCAAACAUUCGAAAUAGAAUUCAAUCUAACCAUAUAAAUUAUACAAAUUCCUCAAUUAGCAAUGAUAAUCCUGUAUAUAAAUACAAAAAGAAUGUUAUACAUCCUAUUAAAACAAUAAACACUAUACAUAAAACUACAAAUAAUAAUCCAUCUAAUAAAAAUACUACUAAAAAUUCCACUAAACAUAUUAUCAAACAACAUCAACAAUAUCAUCGUAUUGCAAUGACAGAACCACCAUCGGUACAAGAUCAUUCUUUAACUAAUAGUCGUUCAGUAUCUGCUGCAAGUUCAAUAUCUAAUUUAAAGUCAAUCAAUUCAUUAAAUAAUGAAAUUAAUAUUCAACCUCCACCUAGUAGUAAUAAUAUUCCUAAAGCUACUAGUAUUCAACAAAUAUCUAUGGAAUCAGUUUAUGCAGCUCUUAUUAAACAGGAUAAAUCAUUGAUAAAUCAACAUUUAUCAAAUUGUCUAACUAAUACAAUAACAAAUAAUAAUACUCAUAAAUAUGCUAGUAAAACUCUAAAUCCUGGAUUAUAUACAAAAAAUACAUUUAGUCAUCGAUCAUUGAAUACAAUUGGUCGUUCAAAUCAUUCUACUGAACGUCUUACCUCAGUUGAAGAAGGAAUACCAUUAACAAUAAAAUUACAACAGUCUAAACAUAAUUAUUUACUUCAGAAAUCGAAUGAUUAUAUGCCUAAUAGCUUGCCUUGUAGAAAUUCCACUAUUAGUUUAAGCAGUAAAACAUCUGAUAGUACACUGUCAACAACAACAACAACAACAACAACAACAACAACAACAACAACGACAACAACAACGGAAUCGAUUGGAUCUGGUACAAUUUCAAAAAAUGAUAAUAACAUACAAGCAUCAGAUGUUCCUAAACCUAUUCGUGGUGGACGUAAAUCUUUAAUAGGACGGAAAAUCAGUCCAUCAACUGCUAAUAUGUCAAAUAAUGGAAUACCUAUUGCUGUGAAACCAAUAUCAGCUGUUAAACCAACACCACAUUCUCUAUUGAAUAAUAAUAAUAAUAAUAAUAAUAAUAAUAAUAAUAAAGAUGACAAUACCAAAGUCUGUAUAGAUAAAUUAAAAAAAUCAACCAUUGAAACUUCAGUUGAAUCGGAUAUUAUUCAUAAUAAUGAAGUGAAAUCAUCAAAACACAUUCAUGGUUAUACAAAGUGUGAAUAUGAACAAGAUUACCGUAAUUACGAUAAAUCUAUUCCAGGUAAUAAUAAUAAUAAUAAUAAUAAUAAUAAUAAUAAUAAUAAUAAUAAUGGUAAUGAUGAUGAUGAUGAUAAUAUUAAUGAAAAAUUGGCAAACACACCUCCUGGAAUGUGGAUCAUUCGUGAAGAUCUAGACGUAGUUAUUAGUGAUUUCCACUAGAUGGUUUGUUUUAAUGAAUAAACAAAAAAAUCAACCUUACAAUUACUGAUCUAUUAUCAAUAGUAAAAAAGAAAAAAAAAAGGAACAAAUACUUUAUAUUGUACACCGGUUACUACACAUUAUUCCUCUACUUUUCACAUUUUAAAUGUAUGCUUUUUCUAUACUACUUUAUUUGUAUUUUAGUAGUUUAAAAUAUUUGACUGCAUUUUUCAAUCAUUAGAUUAAUGCUAAUAUUACAAAACUAAUUGAAAUAAUAUAUCAUUUUCUUUAUCUAUUAUUUUAACUUACUAUCAUCAUUAUUCAUUUCUCUUUUAAACGUAUCUAAUAUUCACUCGCUUUAUGCAAAAAAAAGCAAAACAAAAAUUCCAAUUGAUCUAUUUAUCAUUCUAAACAGGUAGGGUACCAUUUCAAGAAAAGGAAUCUAUGCAUGAACGAGAAUUCCUGUAACCUUUUUAACAUACGCUAUGUUCAUGUAUGACAAGCUUCUUUUCUGUAGCUCUUUUACUUUCCAAUAUUUAUGCUACUUGUAAGUAGUAUAUAUAUAUAUACAUAACGUAUUAAUGAAUCCAUUAUCGAUUUGUACAUAACCUGAAAUCUUUCUUUUCGUCUUGCACAUUCAUGGAUCUUUGUUCAUAGAUAGUGAAUUUUUGCUUUCAUUCAAUAUAUUUAUGUUUAUAUUUAGUAUGAUCAUAUUAUUAAUAACAAAUGAAUUCAAUUAAACCAAUAAGGAAUCAUAUAUAUUUGCUUGUAACUUCCAUUUGAAAUUAUAGCAUUUAUGUGAAUAGUUAAUCAUAAAUUUUCUAUCAUUAUAUGAUAGUAUUAUCGUAUAUUAGUAGUUGUUCUUCUGCUUUUUGCUGAUGUUUCAUUUUAAUAUAUUUCGUUUCUAUUCA